AAAUACCUACUGUAUAACAUAAUGAAGAAAUGUUGAGUAGUGAAAAGGUGAUUAGAAUUUGUGUUUAGCAUAAAACCAUAAAACAUACAUUAAUGGAUGAAAGUCCCACAUGGACAUAUGAAGGCAUUUAAAAAAGGAAAACUAAAGGAACUCAACUAUAUCUUUUUUUUUAUGCAGUUGUAUAAGCAAAUAUAUUACACACUUCUAAGUGAAUUGUAUUAAAAUCCUCAAUUUAUUCGGAGGUAUUUUGCUACUUCCAUAAGUGUGCGUCACGUGCAGCCGACAGAGGUCGCUGUGCGCUCUGGCACACUGGGAGCCACCUGGGCGUUAUCUCUGGACCUGCUCAAUCGAUAAUCAAACCCACCAGUGUCACCACUCAGCCAGCCUGCUCCAGCUGGACGCUUCUAGUCAGUCUAGCUUCGACAAUUACGGACUGACUUUAACGGAACAAAAAUAAACUUACAGAGAAGAGGUUCGCUUCAAAAGGCAGAUCAAUUAGUGCGGAUUGAGGAGGAAGUUGAAGGUGUGUAAUGGGUUAACGGCGGAAGGCCUCGCCUCACCUUUAGUGCGCGUCACCCGGCUUCGUGAAGUGGUCCCACCAGCCAAACCAAAGUGGUAAAAUCACCUCUCUCCGCCGCCAGACGCGCACCUUCGCCUCGGUCGCUCUCGCUUCAUCCUGUCGGUCUCCGCCCCGCCGCUCCAUCACCACGCACGCACGCACGCACGCACCCAGAAGACAUCGGGAACUGAAGGAAUAAGAGUGAUUUACCGGAACCAUGAAGGACCGUAUGCAAGAACUUAACCAUGGGAAGGAGACGACAGAGGAGGAGGAUGAAGUUGCUGUGGGGAUUGACAAAGGCUUCAUGGAUGAAUUCUUUGAACAGGUGGAGGAGAUCCGGGGUUUCAUCGAGUCUCUGGCAGAGAAAGUUGAGGAGGUGAAAAGGAAUCACAGCGCCAUCCUCGCGUCACCUAACCCAGAUGAGAAAACGAAGGCUGAGCUGGAGGAUCUUAUGGCAGACAUCAAGAAGUUUGCCAACAAAAUACGCUCCAAAUUAAAGAGUAUCCAGCAAUCCAUUGAGCAAGAAGAAAGCCAGAACAAGUCAUCAGCUGACCUGAGGAUACGCAAGACACAGCACUCCACGCUGUCCCGUAAGUUUGUCGAGGUGAUGUCAGAAUACAACACCACCCAGUCGGACUACAGGGAGCGCUGCAAGGGACGCAUUCAGAGACAGCUGGAGAUCACUGGGAGAAACACAACAAAUGAGGAGCUGGAGAGCAUGUUGGAGAGUGACAACCCGGCCAUCUUUACCUCGGGGAUCGUUAUGGACAACAUCACCGAGCAAGCUAUGAAUGAGAUCGAGACGCGGCACAAUGAGAUCAUCAAGCUGGAAAAUAGUAUCAGAGAGCUUCACGACAUGUUCAUGGACAUGGCCAUGCUGGUUGAGAGUCAGGGGGAAAUGAUAGACCGCAUAGAGUACAAUGUGGAGCACUCAGUAGACUAUGUGGAGAGGGCAGUAUCAGACACUAAGAAGGCGGUUAAAUACCAGAGUAAAGCACGGAGGAAGAAAAUUAUGAUUAUUAUAUGCUGUGUGGUACUGGGAAUUGUCAUUGCUUCCAUAGUUGGGGGAACGCUGGCCUAAACCUCAACCACAGUCACAAUACAUGUCACACACACACACACACACAACGGAGCAAAAACACGACAGUUUCACAUUUUCUGUUUUCAUGAAUGCAAUCCAUUACAUGUGUGACGCUAGGUGCGUCACAUACUGUACGACACAUGGCUAGAGGUGUUUUCGCAUGAGUUGCUAUUUUGUAAAUGUGUGGUGCUGCGAUCUGUUUAUCUGACUGUUGAGUGUUGUCAACGAUAUGAUGUUUCCAAAAGUGAAUUCCUGAAUGAAAAAAAGUUAAUAUAUGAAAUGUAACACUAUACUAAUACAGUCCAGCUUCCAAAUAUGACACAUAUUCAAUUGUAAUGUCUAUUUUGUGUUGUACAGGCCACUAAUCUGCAGUGUUUUUAAAAGCCAAGUUAUCUAUUUACAUUUUAAUUACUUAUUCUUUUAUUUUUAAGUUCUCUCUGUAAUGUCCUCCACCUCCCUACAAAAGCCCGGCAUGGUUUAGUUCACAUGUAAAUUGGUGUUUUGUUUUCUUUCACAAAAGGGAAAGAAGAAAUGUUGAAUAUUUUGCUCGUAUUCAUCACACUGCCAAACUUUUCAAACGUCACUUCUUGUGGUUGACGGACACAGUGCUACUGUACUUAACUUCAUCUGGCCUUACCAGUGUGCAGCAUUUCUAACCGUUGCUCCAUGUUGAGCGUGUGAAUGUGAAAGAGGAUAUGCGUGUGUUCAUUUGUAGCUUCAUAUUUCAACAUGCUGUGUGCGAGUCGUGGGAUGAGAACAUGAAUGCGUGGUAUUAGCCACCUGUGUCUUUGUUUUGUAUGAAGUGUAAACUGAUAUAAAGCUCUCUAACACUGCCGGUAUGUUCAAAUAAGCUGUUGAAAUAGUCUAGUUUGAAUUGAUAAUUCUGGUCUGUAAGUGACACAUACUUGUUGUUUUAUGUAUUUUUAUAAUCGGAACAUAUCCUUCUGUCAAGCUGCUUCACUGUUUUUUUUUUUUAUGAGUAAACAUGAGUCAGUGAAAGCAUCAGCAUGAACUGAAAGUAGCUUGUAAAAGACUCAUUUCUGUUUUCUGGUGACACAUCAGACGUGCACAGACUGCAACCAUGUUGCCAUGUUGCCUACUCAACUUGUUGCCUUUGUGUUGUAAUGUGAUGACAUGGUUUUGAUUGUUAAAUUUUGAGUUUGUUUUUGUUUAGUUUUCUUAGUAAAGUUUGUCUGAAAAAUCACAUUUGUUUUUGCGUUGUUUUGCACAAGUGCAUUCAGAGACAGGAAGUCCAUGAAAGAGAAAUUCAACUUGUUUUUUCUCAUAACUGUCGGCGUUCUGACUGUGAGUCAUAAUAACUUGCACACAUCACCACCGCUGUAGAGAUUUAGGAAAUGUGAAACAACUUGUGACACAAGUUAAAGUCACAGAACCUCAAACACAAAAAGAGGAGUACUUCCUUCUAAAGACAAGGCAAUCCUUACCCUCCAGUAGCUGUCUAUUUACUUUGUUUAGCGCCAGAGUUCAGUGAAAGCGUUGAACCUGGACAUUAUGUUGUAUUGGACUUCAGCCAAAAUGUUUUUUAUAUUUUGAAGGCUGAUUAUCUCCCUCAGGAGAUAAAUUGCACCAAUUUAUUUGCUUUGAUGGGUGUGAUUUCUUCUUUCACCAUUGGUAGGAAUUCUAUUUCUCUAAAUUUUAAGGCUAAUGCAUUUUCUCCUGUAUCUGUUUGGACAUCCCACAUUAGCGCUACAUGAGUAAACCUUUGAUGACAGAAACAUAUUUAUUUCUCACAGUUUCUAAUGUCCCUAAUCGCAAGUUUUUGUGCAGCUCAUGAACUCAGUGUUCAUCAGUCAUCUUUGUACAUGGAUCUGAUAUUGCUUUCCCUAUAAUGUAAGGAUUUGCUUCCCAUUUUAGCUGGGCAACUAUGCCCCUUUGUCGCUCUUUUCAUUACUCUUGUCUUGACUCUGAAGUUCCCCUUUCCUCACUGUCAAAGCACACAGAACAUUUACUUCCUCUUAUAGUCUCACACCCUCUGAGAUUAAACAUUACAUUUUAUUAUCCCAUAAAACUGGAUACUACUUGAACAAUUGUACUUUCUACUGCCCUCAGCUGAGCUUUCGGCUCAACAUAUACAGUAAAACAAAGUUCAGUUCAGUGUUAUCUUUCCAUGUAUAAGUUCAUCAUAAAGCAAAGUGGGGUAAUAUAAUAAUGUGCUUUGUAGUAUUGUUGCACCACUGCAUUUAGUAAUUGGAUCAUAAUAAGUGUUCAAUUAUUAGAAAGUGUCCUUUUGCUUGCAAAUUUCAGCAGAUGCGAAAUACUUCUACAACAUACUGGAUAAGAAAAGUCCCAUUUGUCUAUAGAAGGCUGUGUCUGUAGGAAAACCAUGAACAGAAAAUAUAGUAAUUCACUAUAAGGAAGCUUUUCUUAAGUGUUAUGCUUUCUUCAAUGUUACAGUUUGAGCGAUAGAAUAAAAUCUGGAAAGAGAAAUUAAUUAUUUUCUUUGUGUCCACAUCGUAUCGCAUCACUCGAUGUUUUCCUCACCAACAGAUGAACCUGGCUGUUUCACAUCAUCACAGACCACAGCUGGUUGUGCAUCAUCCCGAACAAGUACUGAUCCACGCUCAGCUAACAGUUUUGUGUCUUUGUUGGGUUUUUUUGCGUCUCUUUGAAGUCAGUUUAUAUCUCUUUGAAACUGUUUUGCAUCUCUUUUCUCUGUCCUUUGGUCCCCAGGCCUGUGACCGAUUGGCCCAUUCAGUAAAUCAUUAAUAUGUUUUAUCUAUUCACAUAGUAUCUCAAUUGCACACAUAAUUUCAAAUGUAGUAAAUGUGGCUACAAGUCUGUGUUAAACAGAAGUGAAUCCUGCCUCAGAGGCCUGGAAAGAAGUAGAAGCGCUUUGUCAGAGUGCAUCUGUCUUUGGUCGGCAUCUGUCUUUUGGCUGGAAUUGAAAAAUCUUCAAAGCGUUGCAUGACCUGUGUGGUUGAAACAAACAUUGUAUGACAUUAAGCAAGACUAAGACGAAUGAAACAAGGCAUUCAUCAUUGCUGCUCGCUAUGUGGUGUUGUUGCCUCACUAACUGAUAUUACUUUCCACUUACUUUUCUGAAAAGUUCCUCAAUGUCUUCCUUUUGUGCGAAGGUGUUAAAUACCUCAACAACAAACUGGAUGAGAAAAGACCCAUGACCCGAAUGUCUAUAUGAGACAGUAUCUGGAGGAAAAACAUACAGAAAUGGGUCAUAUAAUUAGUUUAUAUUUGCUAAAGUAACUAUUCUUAGCUGAUUUCAAUGCAGAUUAUUGAUAUUAAUCUUCAAUGUGUUGUGAGGUGUAGAAUAAUCUAAUAACAUUUAAAUGAACUGACCCGGGGUGCAGGAAAGAAGAGAAAUGAAGUCUUUUUCUUUGUUUACAAAUCGCAAACCAUCAUCCUCAAUGUUUCCUUCACCAGCAGUAUCAGAGACCACAGCUGGGUUUGCACCAUCUGUAACCAGCACUGAUCCUUCCCCCCCUGAAACACAUGUGGCAUACUUUUAAUACAGUUCACUUAGUCAACAAAUGAGACAUGAGCAGACUCCUAAUGUUUGUUCUAUCUGUGAGAAUAGAGUCACCUCCUCUGCAGGCCUGGAUGAUGAUGAUCUUGGGUUUGUUCAGCAGCGCUGGACAUUUCUCUGGGCCCAAGUGUUUGUAAAUGUUGUCGAUGGGGAACUCAUCUGGUAUUUCAUUAUCAGAUAUCUUCUUUUUCCAGUUGACACCGAGGACAGUUCCCAGUUUCCCGUGUGACAUGAUAACCACCAACACACUGUCCGUCUCUUUGAGUUUCGGAUGUUUGGAGAACUCAUUUAAAGCAUCAUCGAUUGCCUGUGACAACACAAAAAGGAAAACAUCAGUUACUGUAUCACUAAAUCAACCAGACACAGAGAAAUAUAUUUUAUUUCCCUUUUUAUAAUAGUACCUUUCCUGUGAGGUUUGUGUGUUUCACCACCUCGUAUCCCAGAUCUGUGAGCAGUUUAUCCAUGUUUGCCUCAUCCUUCUCAGCUCCUUUUCUGUGUAAUUUCUCAUCAGUAAACUUUAUAUUAGUGAUGAGCAGGGCCACACGGUUGCUCAUGGAAUUCUUGGCCACAGGGUAAAUCUGAAAAACAGAUUUAAAGGGAAAGAAGUAUAACAAAUGUAUGUAUCAUUUAUCAAUAAAUAUUGUAAACUUA